AUGGAAGUGUAUUAUGUUUUGCCAUCAAUUUGGGAGUCAUUUACCAAUGAUGGGAAAGAGCAAGAGGAAGCUAUUGUAAAAGCCAAGGAGAACUUGAAGUACUUGGAAGAAGAGCUAAAGGGAAAGAAAUUCUUUGGGGGAGAGAAGCUUGGAUUAGCAGAUAUCGCACUUGGAAUGCUUGCACACUAUGGGAGUGUGUUUGAAGACGUAGCCGGAAUGAAAUUAUUAACAGAAGAAGAAUUUCCAUUGCUAUCAGCAUGGAAAUUGACUUUUGCAGAUGCUCCUAUAAUCAAAGAUAAUUGGCCGUCUAGAGACAAACUCGUUGCCAAAUUUCAGGCUACCCGUGAGGAUCAACUUUUGAAAAAAGCACCAAAAUGA